CCCUCCUUCCCCUUUAUCCCCAACAUAUCGGCUUUCUCCCUCUCAGACUCCCUCCUCUUAAUCGCCUACACCAUCUUCCUCGAAAUUGACAACUCGCCAAACCAGUCUUCGGCGAUGACCACAAACCACUUUGCCGACCUAUUAUAAACAUCGGUUUGUCAUUCAAGCGAUAACCACAUCUCCCAUGGCACCGGCGCCAACAAGAAGAAGCAAUCUACUACGCAGGACCUGGCGUCCGUCGACCACUUCAACCAACGAUUUCUGGAACCCGACGUCUAACGAACAAAUCUUAGAUCCCGACGUUGCCUUGGUUGAUUCCGACCAAACCCCCAGCUCCUUCCCCUUCCCCUUCGUUUCCUCCCUACCAUUGUGACCCAUAAAACCCUCAUGGUCGAUUAGGGUUCAAAAUAACUGAAAAACCUAAAGAAUAUACCAUGUGUAUGCUCCUGUUACUGUUAGACGAAAUGGAUUCCAGGUCAACUCGAUUGAGCUUCAAAUCAGAAGAAAUUGAAACUAUAUGUGACUGAUUGAGCUUCAAAUCAGAAGAAAUCGAAGUUGCAUCAGGUUUUUUUACAUCUAUGUAUGAAGGUAGCGAUGGUGGUAGCCGAAGGUUAGCAGUGCUGGUGGUAGGAGGUGGUUUUCCGUGACUGAACACAAAUAAGGAGGGAGGAUGGGUGGGAUGGUUUGGUUUUUCAGUUUAAACUUUAAAGAGCUAAAAUAUUUAACUAAAAUUUUUCAACAUAUAUAUAUUUAGAGGUGUUUGGCUUUGCUUUUAAAAUAACUUUCGAAACUUUUGGCUUUUAAAAUAACUUUUGAAAUUUUUGGCUUUUCCAAAAAGUCAAAAAGUUUAAAAAGUUAUUUGGUAAUUGAAAAAGAUCUUUAAAAUAGUUUUUUUGAGAAGAAAAAAAAUGAGGUUUUUAAGAAGUCAUUUAUGUGUAACUUUUGAUAACUUUUUGUCUUUAUUCUUUUUCCCUUUUAAAAGUUUAAACAAACACAUUUUAAAACCAUCUUUUGAAAAAAAGAUAUGAAUCAAAAAGUUUUUUUUUUUAAAAAGGAUUUUUUUGUCUGAAAAACUAUCCCAAACACCCCCUUAUAAUUCCUUUUAAAAUAAUUUAUAAUGUAAAAAAGAUAAAAGAAAUGAAUAAGGGCAUAUAGUUUUUUUUUUUUUUUUUUUUUGUAUGUUGGAGUAUUUUUUAUUUUUAUUUUUAUUAUUUAUUUUUUCUUUUCUUUUACCUUUAUAAACGCUGUGGCAACGGAAAAGUUCCAUUUGUAUGUAAGAUUGAGAAUGCUACGACACCCCACCUUGAAAACAUUUCCGCUUUUAUUCUCCGGCCGACGACGAUCCAUCGCUUACAUUUUGCCUCAAAAGUCUCCUCCUCAGCCAGCAUAACAACGUUCACGUAAACAUAGACAUGGCGACAACGUUACCAUACGCCGAUGUUGAUUCAAGCUUGAAAGGAAUGGCCGGUCGGGCCGAGGGUUUUGGCCGUUCUGCAGUCGGUGGCGCUCAUGGUCCUGUGCAUCGCGUCACCUCCUUGGCUGAUGAUGGGCCAGGAUCACUUCGGGAAGCAUGUCGCAUGAAAGAACCAUUGUGGAUAAUCUUUGAAAUUUCAGGAACUAUUGAUCUGUCAUCCUACUUGAAUGUCUCAUCACAUAAAACCAUUGAUGGUCGUGGGCAGCGUAUAAAACUAACAGGAAAAGGUUUGAGACUAAAGGAAUGUGAAAAUAUUAUAAUAUGCAAUCUGGAAUUUGAAGGUGGUAGAGGACAUGAUGUUGAUGGUAUACAAAUUAAACCAAAUUCAAAGCACAUUUGGAUUGAUCGAUGCAGCCUGCGUGACUAUGAUGAUGGACUUAUAGAUAUAACCAGACAAAGCACAGACAUUACAGUUUCCAGAUGUUACUUUGCUAAACAUGAUAAGACAAUGCUUAUUGGAGCGGAUCCAUCUCAUGUUGAUGAUAGAUGUAUCAGAGUCACAAUUCAUCAUUGUUUUUUUGAUGGGACACGACAAAGACAUCCUCGUCUUCGAUUUGGGAAAGUUCAUCUUUACAACAAUUACACUAGAAAUUGGGGAGUGUAUGCUAUUUGUGCUAGUGUAGAAGCACAGAUAUAUUCUCAAUGCAACAUCUAUGAAGCAGGAGAGAAGAAAAAAGCAUUCGAAUUUUAUACCGAAAAGGCAGCAGAUAAGGAGGAAGGUAGAUCAGGGUUGAUAGUUUCAGAAGGGGACUUGGUUUUAAAUGGAGCUCAAUCAUGUCCAGUGAAAGAAGCAAAUGGGGAAAAGAUGUUUCAUCCAAGUGAGUUUUAUCCAAAAUGGACAAUGGAACCUGCUACAGAUGCACUGAAACAGACUCUCCAGGUCUGUACUGGUUGGCAAUCUGUUGCAAAACCAGCUGAGCAAGGCACUUCCUGAUUUGUGAGAUUAAUCAGGCAUAAUAUAUCGGAAUUAAUUGACAUAAGCAUGUAAAUAUGCAUAAGUGAUUGAUAAAUAAUUUUGUUUAUUUAUGUAUCUAAAAGUAUUAUGAAUAUACAAUAAUGUUUUUUUA